AGUGACAAAACCUACCAUGUACAUGUAUUGUGAAAUUCUCUGAUAAACUGCAAUCAACUGACCACCAUCAAAUUUGCUGACUCCCAACUCUCAAGUAAUUGACGUUCAUUAUCACUUUUCAGUAUUUAUCGUUUAUCGCCUUACGGGUUAACUCCGCACUUCGCGCAGUAUACUCUAUAAUCUAUAGUAUACUGCUUACUCAGACAGCAGACUUCAGUUGAUAGUUAUCAGUAUACUUGUCUAUGGAUGCGCGGACGGCCGGCUUACUACGCGUUCUCGCUCGGUGUUCAUUGUUCGUUUAGUAUCGACUUUUCGUAACCAACAGUUACUGUAUACCAGAGCUAUGGACUCCUGAAAACACAUAAUAUCUCAAUUAAAAAAUAAGUGUAAAUAUACUACACCAGAAUGUGGAAACUAGCAUUGUCACUGCUGCUCUUUCUCUCACACAGACAUAUCUGUUUAUCCUCCGAUCCGCUGGCCGACGAAUAUGGAGAAUUGGUAUUUGUGUCCCUACUUUACAGACAUGGUGAUAGAGCAAUUACAGGGGAGUCUUAUCCUACUGAUCCUUACAAGAAUGAGACAUAUUGGUCUGUUGGAUAUGGUCAACUAACCAAUGAAGGGAAAAAAAGGCAUUUUGAGCUAGGUAAAUGGUUGAGAAAUAGGUAUCAGGACUUUUUACCUGCAAUAUAUUCACCUGAUGAUAUAUACAUACACAGUACAAGUGUUGAUCGUGCUAUAAUGAGUGCUGGAAGUAAUCUAGCUGGACUGUACCCACCAGUUGGGAACCAAACAUGGAAUGCUGACUUGGGAAAAUUGUGGCAGCCAAUACCUAUACAUUCUUUAUCGCCCCUAGAAGAUAACGUUUUGACUUAUGGCGAUAACUGUCCUCGUUAUAGAAGAGAAUUUCUCAAGGUAUUAAACUCGACAGAAGUACGUAAGUUUAACAAAAAACAUGAAGAAUUGUACAGUUAUAUAAAGAAACAUACAGGAAUGAAAAUGAAAAAUCAAAUUUACGAUGUACAAUUUUUGUACGAUGUAUUAUUAGUUGAGACACAAUAUAACUACACAUUACCUAACUGGACUAACAGUGUAUAUCCUGAGAAGUUGAUGGAAGUAUCUAGAAAGUCAUUUGAAUUGCAAACACAUAAUUCAUUGCUGAAAAAACUUUGUGUUGGUAUGUUGAUCAAAGAAAUUGUAAUCAACAUGAAUAUCAAAAGAAACAGCACAAUCAAAUCCAGUAAAAAGUUAUGGAUGUAUUCUGCUCAUGAUUCCAAUGUGGCUGCAUUAUUAAAUGCUUUGAACGUGUAUAACAACGAGUUGCCGCCCUAUGCUGCUACAGUGUUGUUUGAACUCAGAAAAAAUCAAACAAAUUCCAGUUCUUAUGUUGUUACUGUAUCUUAUAAAAAUUCAAGUACCCACGAUCCAUAUUUGCUACAUAUUCCAGGGUGUGAUUCUGUAGCAUGUGAACUCGAUCAGUUUAUUGAUGUUGUAAAACCAAACUUCAUUGAUAAUUGGCAUGAAGAAUGUCAUAAAGAAAUUACUAGUAACAAACGUUUAUGGUUUUAUGGAGUGACGAUUGUGUUUUUACUUUUUGUAUUCAUUAUAUUCUUUGUGGUUAACAGGAAAGCUUUUUUGUGUUACUGUGGCAGAGACUAUCAAAAAUUGUACCAUGCUGUACCAAGAGACGAAACCGACUACGAACAAGACGGCAAGAGCCGAGUGGCUGUCUCUUAUAGAAUGAACUCCGAGUCAGCAGCCACCACUUCGGAUGUUUAGUAAGAACGCAAACGAAAAACUCCUUAUAUAACGCCAGGACACAUUUAAUUACUAUUAUUAUAUUUUUCGGAGGGACAUAAACCGAAAGUUUAGGGACUGUCACACAUUAUAAUAUAGUAGACUCAUUGAGGUUACUCCGAUCAAAUAAUAAUUUAUUCUACGCGUUAAACUUUUUAUCAAACGAUUAAACAAUAAAAUCGCAUGUUUCAUAGGUUUAAUUUCUAUAGUGCUUUUUAUUAUUCAUCGUAACUAAAAUGGGGCUUAGGCUCGCAACUUCAUUCAUACAUGAUUGAUGAUUUAUAAUUCUUUACCCGUAAGCUAAAACCGUAUAAAUGCAAAAACUUGAUCCUUUUCGAAUAUAAAAUGUUUUUUUAAUUUAAAUAGUUAAUGAGUGUCGGCUCAGCUGAGAACUCUAGGUACGUUUCAUAAGUUGACUGAAUAAUCUAAAAUAUUUUUUUUUCUACGUUUACACUGUAUAUUGGCGGAUUAAUGUCGAUUGGUCAAUCAUUAAAUAUCAAUUGUCCAAUUCACGUGUAUUGGACAUUUUUUUAAAGAAACACCCGCUGUUCUGAAAACUUGUUUUGCGCUUAUCAUAAUAUUUCAGCUUUCGAACACAUAAUAUAAUGUUUAUUACUUAUUAUACAUUAUAAUAACAAUAUAAUUGUUUAUUACUUGUACAUCUAGUGUGCAGGCGCGUGGUGGAGUGAGAUACUUGGUAUUUGGUAGUGUAUCGACGAACGGUCGUCGGUUGAAUCUCAGCCACUGGUGGUUUGUUCCUCCGGGCGGACAACUGUCUGGGAGAAAAACUGGCCACUUGCACCUCUCUUUGGGGCCAACCUGUUUAGUAGCGUUAGGUUAGGUAGAUAUAAACCAAAAAAUGCCAAGUCGAAACCGUUUAAGCCCCGAUCGGUGGGAAUAACGCACAUUAAACGUAAGGAAGACUUAUUAUACACCCAAUCUAGUGACAAGAUCCAAUGCCUAAUCCUAAUACCUAUGUAGAAACCUAAUUCAGUAUUAAAAUGUCAUUAUUAUGUACAUAACUAGCCCUAUAUAAUAUAUAGUGUUAACUAUUAAGAGUAUUUAGUUAUUUAUGGUAAUUUUAUUCUUUUUUUAUAUAUUCAUACGAAAUCAUCAAGAACUUACUUGGAAGUAAGUGUUGAAUAAUGUGUUUGUACAUACUACGUAUGUUUUAGGGAAAAUCUUAAAUAAGUUUGACCAUAUCGAUACCUAAUGUUUAACCAAUAAGGUUAGGUUAUAACUUAUAAGGUUAAAGGUUAAUGGCUACUUCUAAGUUCUACGUCUUGGUAUCGGUAAAACUAUUAGGCACCUAUUAGGCUGCGGCCACAUUGGAGAGCGAUGAACAACACGUCAGGGGAAAAAUAUUGUCAUUGCAAUUUAUUAUAAUGAGUGUGCACAUUGGAAUUUUUUUUUUGUAAUCAUUGGAAAUAAAAAAAAAUUAAAUAAAAUACAAUAGGGUGAUUCCACGUGAAAUCACCUAAUGUGAGUGCGACUAUAGUUUUUAUCAUACAUCCUUUAUAGGUACUUAAUGACAACAAAUAUAAUUUUUUUUUUUGGGCCUAUAUAUUUUGAUUUUUAAAAAACUUAUCCAAAAACACCUCAUAUUUCCGAUUUUGUAAUUUAACCACCGAUAGUGGUAUGGACAUACAACAUGCACAGUUAUAACUCUAGUUAAGUGUACUUUAACUAUAUUUUGAAGAAAUAUAUUUUUUUUAAUUUUUAAUCUUGAGAAAUUGUUUUUUUUAUUGUACUUUUGAAUUUUCAAAAACUUUUUGGGGUCAAUAAAUAAACAAAUGUAAAAAGUAAUUUGUUUAUUUAAAAAGUAAGCUAUGUUUUUAUGACCCAUAUCAUCUUUGAACCAACACGGUUAUUUUAGUCAUUCAUAGUAUUUCGAUAGAAAUGGAUAAUAUAACAUUUUUCGUAUGUCAUUUGUAUUUACUAAUGAUUUAAUUAAAAUACAUUUUAACGAUUUUAUAAAAUCACCAAUCAAACAACAUUUAUAUUUUUAAUUUUAAUCAAAGGUAAUAUUUGUAACGCGACCAAACUAUGAGGACUAGAUCAUGUUGACACCUAUAUGUAUUUGUAAAAUGUGUGUGGCCAAUAAAAUCAUUAAUAUUACGUUUUUACAUAUGCAUAUAUUAUAUUAUAAUGAUAUCUUAUAAAUAUAUUUAUAUUUAACCAUUUACAAUUUUUGUCUUUCGUGCAUUAUUAAGUGUAUCAACUAUUAAGAC